AUGAAAGAGCCUGAAGCCGAACUUCAGGCCAGUGCCAACCUGUCCCCCGUGUCGCCAUCGCCCGUCCAUACCGCGGCGCCGCUUGUUGUUCCAGCCCUCCAAGACACCGUCGAUACCAUCGACGCCAUGGUUGCCGCUGCGAAUGGUGCGGCCGAGGCCAUCGUCGAAUAUCCACUUGUCGAUCCCGCUCUCGCUGAUGCCACUGACAACGACGAUGCUGUAGAUGACGACAGUUUGAACGAUCCGUAUGGCGAGGACACUGAGCCUGCCCGGCCUGCGCAGGCCCAGCCUCAGCCAGAACCCUCAGAUGCCAACGACGAUUACGCCAAGACGUUUGACUCGCCCAUCGAACCACACGACGGAAAUGAACAGGGCAAUGAUCAACCUAUGUCGUCGAGUCCGCAAGAAUCCAAUCCAGUUUCCACUCCGUCCGAGCAGCCGAGUGUCAGCCAAUCUUCAGAAGUUAGCCCCGCUACCUUCCAUGACCCCUCUGCGACGUCUCUGACGCUGCCUGCCUCGAACCGUCAUCAAAAUGCCCAGCAUGAAUCUGCCGUCGACCCUGCUGCCCCAGCACCAGCAGACGAUGAAGCGGAUGGCCACCAAGACCUAGGAGCCCAGCCUAAGCCCACAGACGGACCAAGUGCCGCUGUCGCAGAGUCGCAAAGCUCAUCGUCGUUUGACAUCCAGAGACUUAUGGCUGACCUCGCUGCCCAACCUACUGAAUCCAGCACCGACCCUGAUCCAUCUCCUGCCUCGUCGACACAGGCCGAACCGCCCACAGGUUCUGCGUCUCUGUCGUCCUCGACUGCAUUGCCAUCUACCUCUUCCCUUCCCCCAAGGCCUCCCCAGCCGCACUCCACUUCCCCAUUGUAUGCCUCACAGCAUCAUCCUGCGGGAGCUAACCCUAAUGCAGCCGCCGGGGCUGUUGCUCAACCAAGCAAUGGCCAAACGCCAUCAUAUCACGUCGGCAGUGCUCCAGGAACGUCCACAGACUCCCUGGCCAGUCUUCCCCUUCCUCCUGCCAGCGGUUUGAGUGUUUCGUCGUACCCAACCCAGGCAGAAGCUGGGUCCUCCGCGGAUCAAGGUCGUGAUGUAGAUUACCAACGCCACUGGGACCAAUUCAUGACCGACGAGAGACAAUAUAUGUCCGAGGCCAAGUGGGAUCGAUUUCCUGAAGGAUCUCGCAUCUUUAUUGGCAACCUUUCAAGUGACAAGGUUUCCAAGCGCGACGUGUUUGAAUUAUUCCAUAAAUAUGGUAGACUUGCACAAAUUUCCUUGAAGUCUGCCUAUGGAUUUGUGCAGUAUCAUACCGUUGAAGAAGGUCUAAGGGCAAUGGACAACCUACAGGGAAUUGAGAUCAAGGGCCGUCGCAUACACCUGGAAAUAUCUCGUGUACAAGACAAGGCAAAGAAAGACCGCAAACGCAGCCCAGACAGAGGUCGCGGCCGUGAGAAUGGUCGAAGAGGCGAUAAACACGGCCGAGAUGAUUAUCGUCCUGGUAGAAACCAUUCCCCUCGUCGCAACGAUUACUACCCCCGCGAUGACAAUUUUGGGGGUAGAGACCGUGGGCACAGCGACCCCAGUCGGGGCGGCCGAGGACGAUCUCGAUCGCCGGCAUACGGGCGAAAUGACCGCGAUGCCUAUCGGAGACGAAGCCCAAGCUCACUCGGACGACAUCGUAAUGAGCCAGAGCUCGAUAUUCCACGAAGAUACGGUGCCGACGUGCCAGACGUGCAAAUUAUCCUGCAACCCGAUGUCAAUCGCGAUUUCGUAAAUUGGGUUGAAGGAGCCUUCAAGGUCAAAGGCCUGAAGACGCAGGUUAUGUACUUGCAUCCUCGCUUUCCCAAGGAUCAAGUCAUCCAGCAACAAGCUGCUGAAGGUGUGCAUGGUGUCGUGGACUUGGAUGUCCGUGCACAAAACCUCGCCAGGGUUCCCGUCCAGGUGUUCGACCGCUCUGCUGGCAGCAACAAUGUGCGCUUUGAUCAGUACGUGGACCUCGAUCCUGGCACCGCUGCGGAGGUUAUUCUGCGCGCCAAGUCGGGUGCCGCAGCCGCAGCCGCAGCCGCAAACUACAACCAAGGCUACGGUAGCAACGGAGCAUACCAGAACCCCUACGGUACACAGCAUCACCAGCCUGGUUAUGGUGGAGGUCAACAGGCAACUGCGUACCCUCUACAGCCACAGCAACCACCGCCAACCUCGGCCGCAGAUAUUGCCAGCUUGAUGGGCCAAGUCGAUAAUGCCACUCUCCAGCGACUGCUGUCAACCAUGCAGAGCCAGCCAGCAGCCCCUCCUGCAGCCGGCAGCUACCCUCACCCAGCGGUCGGUGGUGCUCACGCAGCCCACAACCCUGCAGUUGACAUACAAGCUAUCUUGGGGAGCUUGAGCGCCACGAACCCCCAGCAACACGCACCUCCACAGACACCUUAUGGGGCUCCUUACGGAGGACAGCAGCCAAACGGAAGCAGCAAUCCAGGUGCAGCUGGGAGCAGCGGCGAUGCUGCCAGCCAAGUACAAAAUAUCAUGGCACAACUCGCCCGCUACAGACAAUGA